GUAAAAAUUGCAGUAGAGAGUUGACCAAUGACUGCUGCCGUUUGACCAGAAAUCAAGUUCGAAUUUCCGUUAUCCAGACAUUUCUGGCUGCAAAACUUUCGAUACACUCUGCUUCCUUCCUUUCCAAUCGCCAUCAUGGCCGCUGCCGCCGACGACGUUACCUCAGCUCCUCCGUCCAACCGCAUAGACGUAUUCUGGCACGAAGGAAUGCUGAAACACGACGCCGGCACCGGCGUCUUUGACACCGCCGACGACCCAGGCUUCCUCGACGUCUUGGAAAAGCACCCGGAGAACGCCGACAGGAUCAAGAACAUGGUCUCGAUCCUCAAGCGAGGCCCAAUCGCUCCUUACAUCUCAUGGCACCUUGGCAGAGCUGCUCAAUUGGAGGAACUCUUCUGCUUCCAUACCAGAGAAUAUAUAAAUCAAUUGAUCAAAGCAGAUAAAGAAGGGGGUAAGCAGAUGAUCUGCGCUGGGACAUUCUUAAACCCUGGCUCGUGGGAAGCUGCUCUCCUCGCAGCUGGUACCACACUAUCAGCGAUGAAGCAUAUUCUCGAUGGAAAUGGGAAAGUGGCGUAUGCACUGGUUAGGCCGCCGGGGCAUCAUGCUCAAACCACUCAAGCAGAUGGAUAUUGUUUCCUUAACAAUGCUGGUAUCGCUGUUCAGACAGCAUUGGACUCGGGGUUUGGAAGUGUUGCAGUUAUCGACAUCGAUGUUCAUUAUGGAAAUGGUACUGCGGAGGGGUUCUACUGGACUAAUGAAGUGCUUACUAUUUCAUUGCAUAUGGAUCAUGGCUCGUGGGGGCCGUCUCAUCCGCAGAGUGGAUGUGUUGAUGAGGUGGGAGAUGAGGAGGGACAUGGGUAUACCAUGAACAUUCCUCUGCCGAAUGGAACCGGUGACAAGGGGUAUCUGCAUGCUAUGACCGAGCUGGUUGCUCCUGCCGUUAGCCAGUUUGAACCCGACUUGUUGGUUUUCGUGAUUGGCCAAGAUUCAAGUGCUUUUGACACCAAUGGAAGGCUAUGCUUGACAAUGGAUGGAUAUCGAGAGAUUGGAAGGAUUGUUCAUGGUUUGGCGAAUGCACAUUGUGGUGGGCGUCUGCUUAUUGUUCAAGAAGGUGGAUAUCACGUUACCUAUUCGGCUUAUUGUCUCCAUGCAACUCUGGAAGGGGUGCUCGACCUUCCAGAACCACUUUUAUCUGAUCCCAUUGCGUACUACCCUGAGGAUGAAGCAUUUGCUAUGAAUGUUGUCAAUUCAAUCAAAAAGUACCAGACAAACGCCACUUUCCCAUUUCUCAAGCAAGGUUGACUAGGAGGCAACUUGCUCGGUUCUCACCUGAGGAGGGCAAAGUGUUUUUCACCCCAUCAAUGAGGUGAGAGGUUUGGUGCUUUCUCAUCCAGAUCCAACCUUGAUACAUAAAUUCUAAAUGUCUGAGUUGCAGGCUUGUAAGAGAUAUGAUGAUGAGUGAUAGGUAGACGAAAACUGGUCCCCUAGUCAGUAAAAAAAACAGCUCAAGAUAUACAUAGUUAUUAUGGUUUGUGAAAUGUAUCAUUCUGUCAGUGGGUUGUGAUGAAUGCAAGGGCUCUGCUGCCUUUUUUACAAAGACCUUACAAUUGUUGCAUUAUCAGGUGGAGUGGUUGUGUGGCAUAUGAACCUUAUGAAUGCCCUAUGUACCUGACUACCACGGCAAUCUGUUCAUUUAUUCUCCAUCUUUGUUGUGGAAAGUAUGAUCGAUGGUAAUGAGGGAAAAAAACUUAUGCGAAUUUUUGGAUCUUCCUUGGUGUAAAUAUUCUUAAUCACUGUCUUUACUGAUUAACUCAUGUUCAUUCUCAUUCUUGUUCAAUAAGUCACACUGUCUUACUGUUUGUGGAUUGGAAUUGAAAUAUCCUAUGACGUGCCU